CGAAGGUAUACAGAGGGCCAUCGUGUGCGUAUCACAACUUCUGUAAGGCAACACCUAAAGCUGUGCGCAUAGUAGAGAGCAGGAAGCGCCUUGGAAGCGUUUUCGCUGCACUUUCUCCACGUGUUUUCCCUGAACGGAACUAAACGUAUCUCUGUCGCCUCGCCGUCGCUAGUAGCGCUCCGGGCGUCACCAGAAGGAGGGGAACUAGAAAGACGCACAAGAGCAUCUUUGUUCUGUUGCAAACCUUUUCCACCGCAGUUCCAAGGCGCAUUGAGCCAACCAUGCAAGCUGUGAAGAGCGCGUGCCGUGUUUCCUCGGUUGCGGCUGCUGGAAGGACGACUGUCUUGACGUCCCAUUGUAUCCCAUGGAGCACAACCUCGUUGCGUUUACCCGCAUCCUCGGCGCGCCGGGCCAUGAGCGGCAACGGCAGAACUUCAGCUGCUUCCAAUCCAGUCAAUUAUCAGUCCGGUAUGUACUACUCAAGUCAGCCUGCUCCGCAGCAGCCACCGCCUAGCAACGCCGACCAAGCCCUCCCCGCGACACCUCCGCCACCUCCCCAGCAGCAAUACACGUCCGGCAACUACCCACAGCCGCCGCUGCAGCAGGAGCAGUACCUAUCAGGCUACUCAGCGCCGCCACCGGCGGCCCCGCCCGCGUACCCCGCUGCCCCCGCCCCCGCUGCCGCCGCCCCCGCUGAGCCAGUCCGGCUGGAGCGGGUCAACCCCGGGCGCCGCUUCAUCAACUCGGUCACCCUGAUCGGGCGCGUGUCCAGCACGGUGGACAAGAAAGCACGCUCCUUCCGCGCCGUUAUGUCGGUGCCCUUCGCGACCAAGCAAGGCCACCAGAACUUCCUGCUGGAGGGGUGGGACGCGGAGGCGGCGCUGCUGGAGGGCGCGAUGGGAGCCGAGGUGCUGGUGGAGGGGCGGCUGGCAGCGGACAAGGAGACGGGGGCGGCCAAGGUAGUGAUCUACCGCGUCAAGCUGGUGGACGAGAGCUUGCCUCCCACCGAGCCAGCAGGAGGCCGCUCCGGCGCCGCAUCGCGAGCAGCCGCCGGGGGCGAGCGAGCCGGCUCCUCCGCCCCCGCCUCCCCCCGAGGCCCUGCUGUGGACCCGCGCGAGGUGUACCGGGUGCACUACGAGACCAGGACGCAGACGCUGCAGGCGCUGUCCGACUACUUCAAGCGGCAGCCGCGGACCCUCCGCGAGACGCUGCUGGCGCACGCCUUCGAGACCACCAGCCCGCUGCGCUUCCGGCCGCUCGCAGAGGAGGCGGGGCUAGGAGGUCCCAGCUCCCUGACCCUGGGCGACUUCAUGGCCCUGGUGGCGGACUACCGGCGCGACGCGGCGGCGCUGCAGGCGGGCGCGCAGCCGGGCGCCGCCCCCCCGCCGCUGCCCACCACCAAGAACGGCAUGCUGCGGGUGCGGCCCAUCCGAGACUGGGCGCUGGGCAAGCCGGAAGACGACCCCAACCACUUCAUCGUCAAGACCUUCGAGGCCCAGGCCGGUCUGGAGAAGCUGUACGAGGUGCUGCAGCUGUCGGUGGUGGCGGACGCCACGCAGGGCACAUGGAGCUACGAGGUGGAGUUCGGGGGGCAGCAGUGAGCGCGGGUGGGGGGGCUGGAUGGUGGCUGGCUGGGGUGUGGGGAGGGUGGCGGCCUUGAGCGGGUGCGGAAUUGAGGGGGCUCUGAAAGGCGCAUCUCAGUUGCUAUGAGGAUAUGGCACCUUGGAUUAGGACUAAGAGAAGAGCAUGCUCGGCCCGGUUGGCUUUGAACACCGAUACCGGUCUAGUAGCUAGAUGAGAUAGUUCAGUAGCAAUGUGCACAGUUCCUUUGGUAUGGGAGGUUGUGACGAGUGUGGCCACCUAAGAAGAUUGACGCAUACGGAGGUUCUUUUGCCGAGUAGUUCCAUGAAAGUAGGGUCUAGCCGAGCCCCCUUGCUCGCAUACGUCGUUGACAUGGCACCUUAUUAGGUUGCUCAGACAUAAAACUCAAUUGGCCGGGGGUUAGAUUAUAUUUUGCCAUGGCGAUUAUGAGGCUGUCCAGGGCUGCGUUGUUCGCCACGAAGUUAAUGGGCCGACGGACGACUCGUCGCCGAGUAUCUCCCGAUCUGAGACCAUAGCUUGCCUAACCUACGGCCGUGGGUCUCUUGUACAGUUUCAGGUUAUGAGGAUUUGAGCGGCGCUUAAUAGCGAAAUUGUCGUACGCCGGAGAUCCGUCAAGGACUCUUGAUAGUAAGGUUGUCUGUCGUAUCGCAGCAGUUUGUGGAGAAGGCGUGUGUGUAUGCCCAAUCUUUGUAGGGCGGUGUGCAGAAUGGCGACCAUGACUCCGCAGCAGCUGGUUGCACGAAAUGUAUUUAUCAGGGGACCUCACUGCUUCAAAGCCAUAAGGGCACCUGUUUGUCGUCGGGCAGUUGUCAGGGCAUUCGCCAGUGCAGCCCUACAAGAGGCUCCCGCUGCCGCUGUUACAACAGCUAAACCUCAACAGGUUCGCGUCCGCUUCGCCCCAUCACCCACCGGCAACCUCCAUGUCGGAGGCGCACGGACGGCCUUGUUUAACUGGCUGUAUGCGCGGAAGACGGGGGGCAAGUUCAUCUUGCGCGUUGAGGACACCGACACCGCCCGCUCCACGCGCGCCUCCGAGGAGGCCAUGGUGCGCGACCUCAAGUGGCUGGGACUGGACUGGGACGAAGGCCCCGACGUGGGCGGCCCCUGCGGCCCCUACCGCCAGUCCGAGCGGCUGUCCAUCUACAAGGCGCAGGUGGACCGGCUGGUGGCGGCGGGGAAGGCCUACCCCUGCUUCUGCACGGACGAGGAGCUGGAAGCGAUGAAGCAGGAGGCGGUGGCCAAGAAGCUGCCGCCCAUCUACCGCGGCAAGUGGGCGAGCGCCAGUGCGGAGGAGGUGGCGGAGGCGGUGGCGAAGGGACUGCCGUACUGCUACCGCUUCCGGGUGCCGCAGAACCAGCUGGUCCGCAUCCAGGACCUCAUCCGUGGCGAGGUGAGCUGGAGCACCGACACGCUGGGCGACUUCGUGGUGCUGCGCUCCAACGGCAUGCCCGUGUACAACUUCUGUGUGGCGGUCGACGACGCGCUCAUGGGAAUCACACACGUGCUGCGCGCCGAGGAGCACCUGCCCAACACGCUGCGCCAGAUGCUCAUCUACCAGGCGCUCGGAUUCCCCGUGCCGCAGUUCGGCCACGUCUCCCUCAUCCUGGCGCCCGACAAGAGCAAGCUGUCCAAGCGCCACGGCGCCACCAGUGUGGGUGAGUUCCGGUCGCAGGGCUACCUGUCCGCCGCCAUGGUCAACUUCCUGUCGCUGCUGGGGUGGAACGACGGCAGCGAGCAGGAGAUCUUCAGCGUGGAGGAGCUGAGCGACAAGUUCAGCCUCGACCGCAUCACAAAGAGCGCAGCGGUGUUUGACAAGGUGAAGCUGGGCUGGAUGAACGGUCAGCACCUGCGCUCCCUUCCCGAGCCGCAGUUCACCUCCAUGGCCACCGGCCACCUGGUGAGCUGCGGGCUGCUGGCGGCGGCAGACACCCCCUUCGCGGCGGCGGCGGUCAAGCUGGUCAGCAAGAGCAUGGAGCUGGUGACCGACUGCGAGGCGGAGGUGCGGCGGCUGCUGGGCUACCCGCUGGCCGACACCCUGGCGGCGGCGGAGGCGGCGGCGGUGGUGGCGGACGGGUUCGCGCAGGUGGCGGAGGCGGUGGUGGCGGCGCACGACAGCGGGGAGCUGGCGGCGGCGCUGGCGGGGGGUCACGAGGGGUACAAGACCUGGGUCAACGCCGUGGGUAAGGCCCAGAAGCGCAAGGGCAAGCGGCUGUACAUGCCCAUGCGCAUCGCCUUCACGGGCCGCAUGGCGGGGCCCGACGUGGGCGAGCAGCUGGAGGUGCUGGCGCGGCUGACCGGCCCGCAGGAGGUGGCGGAGCAGGGCGCGUACGUGCCGCUGGGGGAGCGGGUGGAGCAGCUGAGGGCCUGGCUGCAGCAGCAGCAGCAGGCGUGAAGAGGAGGAGGAGCAGUGGCAGGCGGUGUUAGUGGGUAGCGCUGUGUAAUGGGACGGAGCUGGGGGUAGCGGUAGAUGGGGUCGUGAGCAGCAGACGGAAGAGGCCUUAGUGAGGCAAACAGAUGGGUGUAUUGUUGCCUGCGUGCACUUGAGAUGGGUGAGCUUGAGGGGUACCGUCGGAGUUUUGUGCACAUGAGGGAAAGAGAUUGCGCAAGCGGCGGCUGCAGACUGGUGACCUUGAGGGCCUUGCAGGGGCUGACAGACUGCAGCGGCCCAGAGCCGGGGGUGCGGACCUGGCGCCGGGUGCGUUGGGGCAGCAGCUGUUGGAGGCCAUCCGGGGGGAGUGGGGAGAGGCUAGCAGCUAGGCAUACCACUAGCUUGGACUAUGCUUGGACUUUGCAGGGUGUUCCCACGGAAGGGACAGCGCUGCACGCUUUAUGGUCGUUUGUCAUCCUCCUGAAGAGCGGACUGGCAUCUCGUCUACCGGAUUAGUAAAAAGGCCUGUCAUUCCCGCACCUGGGUACGGGUGUCUGCAUGCCUGCAGUGUGCCUGCCUGUCUGAGCUUGCAACACCCUUCCACGCCGCUUCA